CUGAUGAUAUAAGACGAGCUGUCUUUAUGGCCAUCGAACCCGGUGAAUUGUAGAUCCGUAGAACUCCGGUACGUCCCUGAAGUGAGCGUUUUAGGUUUCUGACAGCCUUGAAAGCCUACUUGAUCAGCAAAGAUAAAUGCCACCAAAGAAAUCGAAAAAGAACGAAACACCGCCUCCUGUUGCCAAUCAAGGCAAAAAGAACACGGGGCGCAAGCAUAUUGUGAAGAGCGGUAAUGUUGGCAACAACACUAAGAAUGCCAACGAUGAUCAACAACCGUCUGAAAAGAAAUCCAUCUUUGGUGAUUGGACAGGCAAAGUACCCGUUUCACUUUUACACGAGCAUUGUCAAAAGCAAGGCUGGGAAAAGCCGACGUUUGAUAUGGCGAGACGAAAACAAGGAUUUAUCGGCACGGUUCGACUCGGCAAACGCAACAAAAAGACAGCACAAAUCCAAACAGUGACGCUGACACCACCACAAGAUCUAUGCCUGCCAACAGCGAUAGAGGCAAGACAUCUGGCAGCCACGUUUGCAUUGCAUCGUAUCAAUUCGCAUAUGCCCAUGUAUCGCAUUUUACCACCACAACAUCGUGAUUAUUGGCAACAAUUUGAACGUUUGAAAACAAAAGAUAAUGCAUGGCAGUAUGUACCUGAUCCGUUCGGCGUUCAGCCUCCGGCUCCCAGUACCAAGUCGUCGUCGGCAAUGGAUAGACGGCCUGUCAGAGAAAGUGCCAAUGCUGCUAUCCCAUUGUCCCAACAACAGGCUUCGCGUUUAAAAGCGGAUCAACUCGAGGACGACGAUGAUGAUAAUAAUAGAAAUAAGCGACGAGCUGGUAACACGGCUUUGGAUGAAAAGUUACGGAAAUAUUGGGAAAGUUUGCCGGCAGUGCAUAUGAGCUCUGAGAACAGAGAACUUGUCGAAGAUGUUGUGAAAAAGUCAAAUAUAGUUUAUCAACCGGUUGGUACGACAAUAGCUGCCGAGGAACGCAAAGAAAUUGAAGAAGGCUUAGUUCGCAUGGGCUUCCGUCCUUCUCACGUCGAUGAAGCAUUAGAGUACUGCAGUGAUAUGGCUAUGGCAUUGGACUGGUUAUGCCUUCAUGUGCCUGAGGAUGAUCUCCCACCGACGUUCAUGCAUGCCAACUACAAACCUACCAUGACAACGAUAUCACAUACGACGCAAUCUCUUGGUCGCGAUUGGUUGAUCAAGCGGAUGACUGGAUUUGGAUACCCGGCUAAUAUCUGCCAAGAAGCAAUGGAACAGUGUCAAAACGACGAUUUGAAAGCACUUGGACUUCUCCAAUGGCGACUUGCGCACGGAGAUGAACCAAUGCCAACAAGUACACAACAAGAAGAAGCACUUGCUGUUGACGCGGAAGAGCUUGAAACAAUAUGGCAAGAAGAAGCUGUGGCAUUGGAAUCCAUAUAUGGCUCCAAUUUUGAAAAACUCUUAACUGAAGAGGACAAACAGAAGCGACUCCAAUUUCGUAUAAGCCUUCAUGCCAACAUCACACAUCGUGGCAAGACACGUCAAGUGCCAGUUAUACUGGAGAGCACCUUUGCCAAGGACUCACAGUAUCCGAAUACAUUGCCUAUAUUCACUGUGGUCUGCGACAAGCUGCCGUCUUAUCUCAAGCUAUCUCUUAUCAAGGGAGUCAUUGCUGAAGCAGAAAAGAACCUGGGAUUACCCAUGGUGUACAUGUGCGCCGAGUGGCUUCAAGAACACGUGGAUGACUAUAUUGCCAAUCCACCAAAAUUGCGAGACAUCACAGAGGGUAUUGCAUCCAUCGUUGCGCUCCCACAGUCUUCCUCUGCCCAAAAGAAGAAGCGACGGAAGAACGGUGCAGAAGAGCGUCGUAACAGACUGUCAAAAGAAGAUCAUGCCAAGAUCUCUCAGCAACUCAAGGAUGAUCUACAUACGAUGCGAGCGUCGGAUGCUUAUGCGCCUCUGGGCAAGGUCAGAAGCAAAUUGCCAGCAGAGAGUUUCCAACCCAAAGUUGUUCAAGCGGUGCUUGAGAACCAGGUCUCUAUUGUUUGCGGUGAGACGGGUUGUGGUAAGACGACGCAGGUACCCCAGUUCAUCUUGGACACAGAAAUAGAGAACAACCGCGGAUCUACAUGCAAUAUCAUCUGUACCCAGCCUCGCAAAGUGGCAGCUAUUGGUGUUGCAGAACGUGUUGCUGCCGAACGUUGUGAAAAGAUUGGAGGCUCUGUCGGCUAUGCUGUUCGUGGAGAAACCAAAGCCUCUUCCCAAACAAGACUUCAAUUCGUCACUACAGGUGUGUUAUUGCGACGCUUGCAUAGUGACCCAUCCUUGGGAGGUAUCAGUCAUGUGCUGAUCGACGAAGUGCACGAGCGAUCAGUUGAUAGCGACUUUUUGCUAAUCAUACUUCGGCAAGUACUGAAGAAGCGCAAGGAUCUGAAAGUCGUUUUGAUGAGUGCAACUAUCAAUCAGCAGGUAUUUGCAGACUACUUUGGUGGGGCACCCGCUAUAGAGAUCCCUGGCUUUACGCAUCCAGUAAAGGAUUACUACUUGGAGGAUGUUAUCAGCAUGACAUCGUACGUGUCAAGAUUGCCGAUGCCAAAGCAAGUAGACAAAGGAGAAAAGGGAAGUCAAUGGGCACAGUGGCAGCUGCAGCUGCUGGAUGAAGGCUACGACGAACAAACGGUGCAAACGAUGGCGCGUUAUCGCAAUCAAGACAAGAUAGAUUACGAUUUGAUUACGCACGUAGUGAAACAUAUUGUGGAGAACGGAACUGUACGGAUCGAUCAUGGUGCGCAGCCAGCUAUUUUGGUCUUCAUGCCUGGUGCCAUGGAGAUCAGGCGUUGUGUUGAAGCCUUGCAGGGUGCAUUGUUACCGCGAUCUUCCGCUACUGAGAGAUAUGCGAUCCUUCCACUGCAUGCAAACUUGUCCCCUCAGGAGCAAACCAGCGUAUUCAAAAAAGUGUCGCCAGAGGUGUGCAAGAUUGUGGUUGCCACCAAUGUGGCAGAAACAUCCAUCACAAUUGAUGGCGUUGUUUACGUGAUUGAUGCGGGGCGUGUGAAGGAAACGCAAUACGAUCCAUCCAACAGCAUGAUGCGCCUUGUCGAGACGUGGGCGUCGAGAGCGUCCUGCAAACAGAGGCGCGGUCGUGCUGGCCGUACUCGGCCCGGAGAAUGCUACAAGAUCUUUAGCAGAGACACCGAGGCGCGCAAGAUGCAUGCGCAACAGGUGCCGGAACUGCUGCGCACUCCAUUGGAGCAGCUGUGUCUGCAGGUCAAAUCCAUGGGCGAGUUUGAUGUCAAGAGCUUUCUGGGCAAUGCGAUCGAUCCGCCGUCGGUGGCUGCGCUUGAGAGUGCUAUCCGUACCCUACAAGCCGUGGAUGCCAUCGAGACAAGUCCCCGCGGCGAGCUUACGCCACUUGGAAAGCACAUGGCAUCCAUCCCUGCUGACUUGCGAAUCGGCAAAAUGCUGCUGAUGGGGUCAAUAUUCAGCUGCCUGGACUCGAUCUUGACGAUCGCCUCGAUCAUGUCACUCAAGUCGCCGUUUACGGCGCCCAUGGAGAGACGGGAAGAAGCAAGGCAAUGUCGCGAACGGUUUGCGCUGGGCAGCAAAAGCGACUGGAUCACCGACAUGAACGCCUAUGAGAGAUGGCAUCAGAUUGUGAAGGGAGGAGGAAAAGGCGGGGGGAUGCGUGAGGCCCGGCGGUUCUGCGAGGAGAACUUUCUGUCGUUUGCAACGCUGUCCGAGAUCGGAUCGCUCAGACGACAGUAUGCGGAUGCGCUGGCGGAUAUUGGUUUCUAUGACAGGCGAUGCGGGGAUGCGUACAACCGCAACCAUGGCAACGUGAACCUUGUCAAAAGCAUUGUCUUUGGAGGGCUGAAUCCGAACGUGGCGAAGAUUCGGAUGCCGGACGCCAAGUAUGACAAGGUGCUCAGUGGCACGGUGGAGCGGGAAAAAGAGGCGAGGGAAAUCAAGUUCUUCACCAAGGAGGAUGGCCGUGUGUUUCUGCAUCCAUCGUCGAUCCUGUUUGGCUGCAACAGCUACAACAGCUCGUUUCUGACCUACUUUUCGCGCAUCGAGACGAGCAAGGUGUUUAUCCGCGAUGGCAUGGAGGUGCCCUCGUAUGCAGUUCUGUUUUUUGGCGGUCGUGUGGACAUUGAUCAUUUCGGGCGGGGCCUCAAAGUGGGCCAGGACGGAUGGAUAAAGUUCCGCGCGUGGGCACGCAUUGGGGUCUUGGUGAAUCAACUGAAGCGACUGCUGCAUGCUGAGCUGGACAGCAAGAUCCAAGACCCCGGCAUUGAUGUAUCUGCAAGUAGGGUUGUGCAGACCAUGAUCUCACUGAUAACAAAUAACGGCGUCUAAAUUAGGAAAUUCGAGCGGACACAUUUGCCAAAGUGUAAAAAUAAAGCAGAAGAGACACAAAAAAUGCAGUAGAGUAUGAUAUUUUAUAUUAGACGAAAUUUUGAUUAAUAAACUGUGCAUACAAGACAAAAAACAUGAGUGAUGGAGAAUGGCUAGAGGGU